GUUAAAAGGUUUUAUGGCAACUCUGUGGCAAUUGAAUCAUAUUAUUGCACACAUAUGACUUAUCCUCAGCAAUUUUGAUAGGUCGUAGUUGGAAUAUUCGACUGUAUAUCGUGUAAUCGUGAAACAAAUUGAACAACUGAUUGAAUAACUUAUAUUGGUCAUUUAAUUAGUGGUAAUUUGAAUAUUGUACCUUACAAACUCUAUUUUAUUUCCUAUCUUAGUAUCAAACGCAUUUUGUAGUUCCCUUGCGGGUCUUCCUAAUACUUUUUCAUCCCUUUCACAAAAAAAGAAAAAAAAAAUUAUCAAUCUAAAUUACAAUUUUAAAAAAAAUAAAAACUAAGAAAUUUUGGAAACAUUAAUUCCUAUCACACCUUGAUAAAAUUCCAAAACUACCCAUUUAUAAAGACUACAUGAGUGAGGAUUUGGAUAAUUUGUAAAUUUAAGAUUUUUCUUUCAUUCCUCCAUGAAUCGUCACUCCACUCCACAUUUCUCCCAUGGAAUCCCUCCAAUCAUGCUUUCUCUCUCCAACUCCACUCCUCAAAACCCACCUAAAACCCCAACCCCUCUUCCCAAAUACCCGCACCAUAGCCAAAUUCAGGUGCUCCGUCACCCCUGAUCCAUGGUCCCUCAGCGACGGCAACACCGCCCCAAAACCCCGCUCCAAAAACCCCAAAAACCCACUUUCCGACGACAACGCCCGUCGCAUAAUCAAGUCCAAAGCUCGCUAUCUUAGCACGCUUCGAAGAAACCAGGGCCCUCAAGCUCAAACCCCCAGGUGGGUCCGCCGUACGCCGGAGCAGAUGGUUCAGUACUUGGAGGAUGACAGGAAUGGUCAUUUGUAUGGUAAACAGGUUGUUGCUGCAAUUCAGGUUGUUAGAAGCUUGUCGCAGAAAACUGAAGGUAGUUAUGAUAUGAGGAAAGUAAUGGGUUCUUUUGUUGCUAAGCUUACUUUUAGGGAGAUGUGUGUUGUGUUGAAGGAGCAAAAGGGUUGGCGCCAAGUUAGGGAUUUUUUUGCUUGGAUGAAAUUGCAGUUGUGCUACCGUCCUAGUGUUAUUGCCUACACAAUUGUUUUGCGUGCAUAUGGUCAAGUUGGGAAGAUUAAGCUGGCUGAAGAGACCUUUCUAGAGAUGCUUGAUGCAGGGUGUGAACCUGAUGAAAUUGCCUGUGGGACUAUGCUGUGUACAUAUGCUAGAUGGGGACGACACAAAGCUAUGCUAUCUUUUUACAUGGCUGUGCGAGAGAGGGAUGUGCUACUUUCUGUAGCAGUUUAUAACUUCAUGCUGUCAUCCUUGCAAAAGAAGUCACUCCACCAACAUGUGAUACAGAUAUAUAAAGACAUGAUUGAUAAGAGGGUUGUACCUAACCACUUUACCUUCACGGUUGCCAUCUGUUCACUUGUUAAGGAAGGUCAUUUUGAAGAGGGAUUGAAAAAUUUCAAUAUGAUGAAAAGCCUUGGUUUUGUACCUGAAGAGGUCACUUACAGCCUUCUGAUCACAUGUAACAUCAAAGAAGGCAAGCAAGAUGAAGCAUUGAGGCUUUAUGAAGAAAUGAGAUAUCAAGAUAUAAUACCAAGUAAUUUUACUUGUGCUUCUCUGUUAAAUCUCUAUUAUAAGAAUGGAGAUUACUCAAAGGCACUGUCUCUAUUUUCAGAAAUGGAUAGGUACAAAAUCCGAGCUGACGAAGUCAUUUAUGGUUUACUUGUAAGGAUAUAUGGUAAGCUUGGUCUUUGUGAAGAUGCAGAAAAGACUUUUGAAGAGGCUGAAAGAUUGGGUCUGCUUCGUGAUGAGAAAACAUAUAUAGCAAUGGCACAAGUGUAUUUUAGUUCAGGAGAAUAUGUGAAAGCUUUGCAUACCAUGGAGGUGAUGAAGUCUCGAAAUAUACCAUUCUCCAGUUUUUCCAAUUCAAUCUUGUUGAAGUGUUACAAGAUGAAUGGAGAUCUUGGAUCUGCUGAAGCAACAUUUCAGUCUUUAUCCAGUAUUGGAGUCCCGGAUUCAAGAUCUUGUAAUGACAUGCUCAACAUGUUCUUAAGACAAACAUUGCUUGAGAAGGCUAAGAAUUUCAUUCUUCAGAUAAGGAAGGACAAUGUUAUGUUUGAUGAGGAGCUCUGCAGGACAGUGAUGAAGGUAUACUCUAAGGAGGGAAUGCUUAGAGAAGCUGAGCAAUUCAUUGAAGAUGUAAGUGGAAAUGGAUAUAUGGAAAAUAGCAGCUUUAUUCAAACUGUUUCCAUGAUUUUGAAAUCAGAAGAUGGGAAGUUUGAGAAAGAAAAAGGUCACUCGGUAGUCCCUGCUUCCCUUGAUACUAAUGCACUGGAGCUUAUGCUUUGUCUUUAUCUAGCAAAUGGUAACAGAAAUAAGAUAGAAUACACGCUUGAUUUUUUACUUGGAGCUGCUGAUGGCUUAUCUGUUGCAAAACGACUCAUCGGAAAGUUUAUACAUGAAGGUGAUGCUUCUAAAGCUGAAAUCCUCUGUGAUCUAUUAAUUGAAAGAGACUCAAAGGAAAAUGGUGGAAUCUUGGCUUCAAUGAUUAGUUUGUAUGGAAAGCAACAUAAUCUGGAAAAAGUGAAAACACUAUUUUCAGCUGUGGUGAAUUCUGCUAAUUGCGGGGCCGAAAUAUACAAUUCCAUGAUUGAUGCCUGUGUUAAAUGUGGUGAACCUAGGGACGGUUACCAGGUUUUCAAGGAAUGCACAAAAAGAGGAAUUUGUUUGAGUCCCUUUGUCAUCAGUGUGCUUGUGAACCAUCUAACAAAUCGUGGGAUGUAUCGGGAAGCAGAGGAUGUGAUUAGCAGAAGUUUGCAUGACAACUUGGUUCUUGACACUAUUGCAUAUAAUACAUUUAUUAAGGCAAUGUUAGAAGCAGGUAAAUUGCAUUUUGCUGCGAGCAUAUAUGACCGCAUGCUAUCAUCUGGAGUUUCCCUGUCAAUACAGACGUAUAGCACUAUGAUCAGUGUUUAUGGAAGACAAAAGAAGCUAGAUAAGGCCGUAGAGAUGUUCAACAUGGCACAGAAUAUGGGCAUAUCUUUGGAUGAGAAAGUUUACACUAAUCUAAUUAGCAUAUAUGGAAAGUCUGGAAAAGCUCAAGAAGCAUCUGCAUUGUUCGCUAAAAUGAGGGAGGAAGGCGUAAAACCUGGAAAGAUAAGCUACAAUGUUAUGCUAAAUGUAUAUGCUUCUGUGGGACUUUAUUCCGAGGCAGAGGAGCUUUUUAAGAUCAUGCAGCAAGAUGGGCGCUAUCCUGAUUCCUUUACUUAUCUUGCCCUUAUUAAAGCUUACACAGAGAGUAUGAUAUACCAAGAAGCGGAACAAACGAUUGCAUCCAUGAAGAAAGAAGGAAUACAACCUUCUUGUGCUCAUUAUAAUCUCUUGAUAUCAGUCUUUGCCAAAGCUGGUUUAAUGGAGGAAGCUGAUCGUGUUUUCAACACAAUGCUUGCUUCUGGAUUAAAACCUGACGUUGUAUGCUGUAGGACCAUAUUACGGAGUUACUUGGAAUAUGGAUAUGUGGAUAAAGGAAUUUCUCUCUUUGAAAGGAUUCAACAAUAUGCAAAGGCAGACAGAUUUAUCAUGAGUGCUGCUAUUCACUUGUACAAAGCUGUGGAUAAGGGUCAUCAGGCAGAUGUCGUCUUAAAAUCAAUGAACGACAUGGGGAUUCCAUUUUUGAGAAGCCUUGAAAUCGGAAGCAGGAUAGGAACUUCCUAGAAGUUAGUGGACAUAUUUUUGAGUUCGAAAUUGCAGUUCUUGUUUGUAGGUGAAAAUUUUAGAAGAUUAGCUAGAAAUACAGAACACCAAGUAUACAGUUUCCAUGAUUUUGUAUAGUAUCUUUGUUGGAACUCUUGGGAGGAUGGUUGACUGGGUUCUAUUGGUUUGUUGUUAAGGCUACUCUUUUUCAUAAUUUAAUUGUUUCCAAUGAUAAUGUAUGCAGAAUUACUUUGUAUUAUGGAUUACGAGUAUAAUCAUAAUUUAUUCUUGAACA